AGUGAGUGUGACUUUGUUUUUCUGCAUACACACUUUUAGAAUAAUCCUAAUUGAUGUGUGUGUGUGUUCAGGGGUUUGGUUUACCAUGAGGCACUAAAAGAAAUCACCUCACCUGCCUCUGUCUGCACUUCCUGUAUGAUGUAAUGGUGUUGUAAUGGUUUGUAAAUAACAGGUUGGAUGUUGGGGAGGGUUUACUCCUUGUUAUGCUGUGGCUGCUUUUGUGUUUUCUCAGCACUUCCUUUACCCCCCCAAUGUUACGCUCAACCUAAAUUUAGUCGAUACUCAUCCACAUGAAAGUAAUAAAGUUCUAUGUAUAGCCCUGCACCGCUUCUCCUUGCAGGAUAAAGGACACUGUGUUCCUUUAACACACACACUCACACACUCCUCCGGUGGAGUCUGACAGGAAUGAGGUCAGACACACCGAUCCUCAUUGCACAUUAUUAUUAUUAUUACCCGUUUUUUUUAUUUGGCCAAUAGGAGGCCAGGGGGUGUGGCUUGAGUGAAAAAUCAGGAUAGAGACAGACGCUGGUUGGCUGUUAUAUCUCGCGAUGAGGGUAUAAAGCUGCGAGGUUCUCGUUGUUGUGUUUACAGUAAUAUUACAGAGCGCUCAGGAAACAGGGAGACUAUGAGACAGUGCAGCCGCUCCAUUCAGCCAAAUGGUUCCUCCACCGCUCAGACAAGCUGUGCUGCAGACAGCCAGGUUUCCAUAAGGGACUCGCUCUGCUGCUGUCCACAGAGCCGCGUGCUGAGGCUUGCAGGGCGCGUGUUCAGCCGCACAGGCAGUUGAAAGUUUCUGUUAAAUAGUUUCAGGAUUUAUGUCUCGUUUCUGGUGAAAGUUGAGAGAAGAAGCGUUCCCAAAACGGACUGAACUGAGGAGAAGAGACUUGGAUGAACUUUUUCAGCGCGUGAAAUAAGAACAAGUGAGGAAUUAUCUUUUUGUGAAAGCCUGCUAGGCAUUUUUUGAACUUUGUCAAAGCACUGAGCAGUGUUUCCAGACACUUGGAGGACAGGAUGGUGCAGCACAUGAGCCAGACGGAGAGCACCCACGCUCACUCUCCCGGAGGAGACUCCACGGACACGGGAGAAAUGGACUUGGAGAUGGAUGUGUCUCCCACUCCCGAGUCCCCCUCUUCCGGGGUGCGGAGCGACUUGGCGUGGUGCAAAACUCCAACGGGACACAUCAAGAGACCAAUGAACGCGUUCAUGGUGUGGUCUCAGAUCGAGAGGAGGAAGAUCAUGGAGCAGUCUCCGGACAUGCACAACGCGGAGAUCUCCAAGCGGCUGGGGAAGCGCUGGAAGCUGCUGAAAGACACUGACAAGAUCCCGUUCAUCCGUGAGGCGGAGCGGCUCAGGCUCAAACACAUGGCCGACUACCCAGACUACAAGUACCGGCCCAGGAAGAAGGUGAAGUCGGUCAGCGGAACGAGUAAGCCGGCGGACCGCGCAGAGAAGAGCGGGGAGCGCAAAGUGAAAAGAAGCCCCGCGUCCAAAGCAGUGAGCAGGACGCACAAACCGGGGGGCAUGAAGAGUGAUCUCCCGUCUCCCGGGGACCACCAGGCGCUCUUCAAAUCCCGGUCAGUGUCUGGGGCAAGGCAGAUCCCGGAGAAGCGCAGUGGAGAGGCGAGGCGUGGACACAUGUUCGGCGGGGCAGGCAGCCUGGAGAGCGGGCCUCCCUCCGUGGGGGUCCCGGCCAGUCCCACCCUGAGCAGCUCGGCGGAUUCCAGCGACCCACUCAGCCUGUACGAGGAGCACAGCCCCGCGGCCAGCGAGUCCUCUCACACCGCGCGCCUCAGGUACACACGUGCCUCUUCUCCGACACCAUCAGCCUCUCACUCUUCCUCCUCUGUGUCAUCCUCUUCAUCGGAUGAAGAGUUUGAAGACGAGCGGCUGGAGCUGAACCCCAGCCCCGGCUUUGAGAGCAUGUCUCUGGGCGGAAUGGGCUUCUCUGACGCGGAGCUGGACCGGGACUUGGACUGGAGCUUCGGGGAGUGCGGGGCGGGAUCUCACUUCGACUUCCCUGACUACUGCACCCCGGAGGUCAGCGAGAUGAUCUCAGGAGACUGGCUGGAGUCCACCAUCUCCAACUUGGUGUUCACCUACUGAAGAGGAGAGGAGCGGUGACUUCCCCCCCACGUUUUUGAACUGUUCAACCCUCCAGCCCAGAUUAUUUCCGCCAUUCUUUCACUAGAUAAGGGAGAGUGAAAACAGGAAAGAAGAGGUGGCCUGUGUGCGCGUUGAAGCCCAGGCACGCGCCGCUCGCAGACUUGGACAGCGCUCAGUGCGCUUGACGGGCACGCGCAGACUGGGGAAAUGCUUAGUUUGCAUUUGGACACGGAGGAGGAGUGAAUGUAAGCAGAGAGCAGUGAAACUCACGGACUUCAGCUCUAACGUUCAGACCGAUCCGCAGAGGAUGAGGACUGAGAACGAACUUUGAUUCUUAAUGUUAUUUCGGGUCGUGAAAAAGGGACAUUUACUGGACAGCUCGUCAUGUUGGGUUUUGUUAAAGAUAUAGCCAAUUCACAUUGACCAUCAAGUUGCAAUUCAGGUGCAGUUUUUUUUCCAAACUCGAAGUAGUUUCAAUACCAACACGCAUGCCCUCCGAGAUAAGGAGGAUUUUGUUGUUGUUAAAUGCGUAAAAAUGUUCAUUGCUGCGUAAUUACGCAAUUUUCUGUGACCAUAGGACACAAUUCACUAUCACCAGCUUCUCUUUCAACGGCAGGACUUAAAGCAAAGACUGACUCCAAACUUCAGAAACCCUUUUCUGAACCUUUUUAAACACUCAGUGCACAAUUUCAGGACCAAUGUUCCCCGACGCGCAUCCUUUCUGCCUAGUGCUUCAACUUUGUAGUUCCUCUGUGUCAGAUGACGUUUUUUAUAUCGAUGUAUUUAUACCGGCCAAACUUUUUUAUACAUAGAAGUAUUGUUCUCGUACAGGUCUCGUUUGUGUUUGUGCACAUACACCUGUCUGUAUCCAGCGCGGAAGGGCUAGAAGUGUAUCUUAUUUAAAAAUCUCUCACUUUUAAGGAGACUUGAGUGUGUCAUGAUUUUCUACUUGUAUUUUUGUACAAAAUCUAUAGAAAGGGGUUUCCAGCGAGUGGGUAGCCUACAACAUUGUUGUUUGGGUCUACAUUGGUGUUUAGACGUGCAGAGGGGGUUUGUUUGGCACAAUCUGACCUCACACAGUGUUUACAGUAUUUACCCACAUGCUUCUUAAUGGCACAGUGACUCCAGUUUCACCAGCCGAGUAAACAAAGCACCACUGGGGCUCCCAGUCUGAGUGGUGUCUGUUUCCAGUACAUAGAUCUACCGUAUAUGAGUGAAGGAUCCCAGAGAGUCACUGUUUGGAUAGAGCUAAUACCUCUGUGUGCUUUUUCUUUUUAUCAAGAUAAGUUUUAUUUGAACCACUGGAUGGAAUUUCACACUCAUUCCACUUUGCCUAGACUUCGGAGGGAGGGAGAUGUAUGAAGUGCUUCAUCUGUUAUUGCGCAAAUUGCAUCAAAAAAUAGUAUUUAACCUUUCUGUACCUGUUGGCUAAGUAUAGCAGGCUAAUUGUUUUCCUAUAUUAUGGCAUGGCAAAUAGCAUUUGUAUUUCAGAUUCAGGUAUAUGUAGCUAUAGCUGUUGUGUUUAAGAUUUUUAAAAGAAUAAUAACAUGAAGAUAUUUAUGUAAACUGACUGUACUAUAAGCAAAGAUUGUGUGUUUUAUGUAUGAUGAUGAUCAACGACAGGCACUAGGACAGCCAUCUUUGGACAUCCUUAUGUUAAAGGUGAUUGUGGUCCAGGAGUUUCUUCCUUUUUUUUUUUACCUUUCCAGACAUCUUUUCUAUUGUCCUCUUUCUUUUUUCAUUUGUGCAAUAUGCUGUGUAUGAUCAUGUUUCGUCCAAUCAUGCCAAUAUCAUUUGAUGUUUAUAGCUCAAAACCAGCCAAUGUUUGGGUCAAUCACUGCCUCUCAGACCUCUGUACAGAUUGUCGUUUUUAUAAUUUGUUUUUCUUUUCUUCCAAGAAGGAAAUAAAAUCAGCUGGAACUGAAAAGUACAA